GCAAAAAAGAAACUUAUGGAAGAAUGAAGGAGAUGGUGGGCGGCUGCUGCGUCUGUUCUGAUGAACGCGGCUGGGCUGAAAACCCCCUGGUCUACUGUGAUGGGCAUGGCUGUAACGUGGCGGUGCAUCAAGCAUGCUAUGGAAUUGUUCAAGUUCCCACUGGACCAUGGUUCUGUCGAAAAUGUGAAUCGCAAGAAAGAGCCGCCAGGGUGAGAUGUGAGCUAUGUCCUCAUAAAGAUGGAGCACUGAAGCGGACUGAUAGUGGAGGCUGGGCCCAUGUUGUCUGUGCUCUAUAUAUCCCUGAGGUGCAGUUUGCGAAUGUUCUCACUAUGGAGCCUAUUGUCCUCCAGUAUGUGCCCCAUGACCGCUUCAACAAGACUUGUUACAUCUGUGAAGAACAGGGAAGGGAGAGCAAAGCAGCUUCUGGAGCCUGCAUGACUUGCAAUCGUCAUGGUUGUCGGCAAGCCUUCCAUGUUACCUGUGCUCAAAUGGCUGGACUUUUGUGUGAAGAAGAAGUCUUGGAAGUUGAUAAUGUGAAAUACUGUGGCUAUUGCAAGUACCAUUUCAAUAAAAUGAAGACAUCACGCCAUUUUGGAGGUGGUUCUUUUAUUGGAGGAAGGAGGAGUCGGUCAGCAUCCCCUACACAAGAGAAGCAUGUGUCUCAUCAUGAGAAACCAAAGAAGAGUCGAAAAGACAAAGAAAGGCCUAAACAGAAGCACAAGAAGCAUUCAGAAAUUGAAGCCACAGAUCUCACACUGUCUUCCACACCCAUAGUUACUGAGAAGCAGAGCUCCACCAACCACCACGAGAGCAGUAAAGAAGCCUCAGAGAUCAUCAGGUCGGAGGUGAAAGGCAAAAGAUCUUCAAGCCAUGGCACAAGCCACAAAACCAAGAAGUCUGGAAGUGGGAAAAGCUCUAUAGGUUUUGGCUCAUCUUCAUCCAGUGUAACAUUUCCACCAGCAGGUACCUCAUGCAGCUCCUUGCCCUUCUCCCAGGACUUUGUAACCUUUCCAAAGCUUGAGCAGCAGCCACCUGAGGAAGAAAAAUACCACAAACCUAUCUCUUCAUCCUCGUCUUCCGCCCACUGCUCUCCAUUGUCUGAAGGGCAGAAAAGUGAUGUCUUUGAGCAGAAGGUGAUCUUUUCAGGUUUUGGCUCCAUCAUGCGUUUCUCCACCUCAGCCGUGAGUCAGCAGAGGGGACGGGAUGCUUCCCCUAUGGACUACAAGACCUCCAACUCUACUGGUGGCACCCCAAGUGCGAGUGGUGGAGUCAGCAGUGGCAGCAGCCACAAGCGCAUGCCGUCUCUUAGUGGGGAAGACGUAGAGGUCGUGAAAGAAAAAAAGCACAAGACCAAUAAGAAAAGCAAGCAUGGACCAGGAAGGCCCAAGGGUAGCAAGAAUAAAGAAGUGCCAGGUACCCAACUGGUUGGCCCUCCAGCUGCCUCUUCUUUGCCUUUCUCUGGGAGUUCCCUGGUCAGCUCCAGCAUCAGUGGGUCUUCACGUUCAUUCAGCCAUGGAUCCACCCUUCCAAGCCUCAGCCUAGAAUCACCACUUAUGGGAUCAGAUCUGCAAACUGUUGUGGGUAGUCUAUACCCUCAUGGGUGAAAAUUCUCGUUUUAUCCUGACUCCUGGGCACAAGACAGC